AUGACUAUGAAAAGGAUCCGGAAGGAAGCGAUCGGUGGCGUCUCCGUCAAGCUCAACGCCGGAUGCAUCGCUGGCGUCGGUGGUAAAGAUUCACUUCCUGGGUCAUGCUUUCAUCGUAUUAUUAAGGGUUUUAUGAUCCAAGGAGGCGAUAUUUUUGCUGGAGAUGGUACUGGAGGAGGAUCUAUAUAUGUUAAGUUUGAAGAUGAAAUUUUUGAAUUGAAGCAUGAAAGGAAAGGGAUGCUACCAAUGGCAAACUCUGGUCCAAACACGAAUGGAUCUCAGUUUUUUAUCACCACUACUCGAACUUCUCAUCUAGAUGGUAAGCAUGUGGUAUUUGGGAAAGUAGUUAAGGGAAUGGGAGUGGUCCAUUCGAUUGAGCAUGUUACUACCAGAGAUGAUGACCGUCCUACUCUUGAUGUGAAAAUUGUGGAUUGUGGAGAAAUUCCUAAAGGAGAAGAUGAUGGAAUCUCCAACUUUUUCAAAGAUGCUAAUACUUAUCCUGAUUGGCCAGCAGAUCUUGAUGAGAGUCCUAAUGAACUUGAAUGGUGGAUGGAACCUUUUAACAACAUUAAAACUUUUGGUAACGAUUAUUACAAGAAACAAGAUUACAAAAUGGCUCAAAAGAAGUAUCGAAAGGCUUUGUGCUACCUAGAUAUUUGUUGGAAAAAAGAGGGGAUUGAUGAAGAGAAAAGUUCAGGUUUGAGAAAGACGAAGUCACAGAUUUUUACAAACAGCUCUGCUUGUAAAUUGAAAUUAGGCGAUCUCAAAGGAGCAUUGGAUACCGAAUUUGCAGUGCGAGCAAAUCUGAACCUACAUAUUUGUACACUCUGGAAAAGGGUUAUUUCUUGUUACCUGAAAGUGCAAAGUUCCGUCAUAAUGUACGAACUGUUAAUGUUAGCAUAUCAGCUUGGCACUCAUGCUUUGGAAAUAGGUGGCAGCAACUACUCAUAAACAGAUUUGUUGGAUAUGAUACAAUUUUAAUCAACAGUUUAUUAAGUUCUGCUGGCUAAGGUUAUCUAUAUAACUACCAAACAAAGAAAUUCUAUAACCUUAGCUAUGCACAAGAACCUCCAGAUGGCCCAGCUAGGUUUGGAAGUUUGUUGAUUUAUUCUGCUAUUUACUUUGUUGAGAACCUCUUGUUUAGAAAUGUUGUAUUUUGCAGUCUCUACUUUAACUAAUGGAUAUCUUUUAUUUGCCUACUGAUAUCUUGUAGGUCGUAGAGGAGUUUGGCAUGAAAUUCAUAUUCAACUCUAGAUUUCAGAUUUCAAUGGUCCAAUAUUUGUUAUACUUUAAAUGAUUUGACAAUAAGUGAUUACCAUUAAUACCUUAGCUCUCUAUUUGGGUAUUGUUUGUGAAUUAAGAGGGUGGUGCUUUACUGAUUGCGUCAACAAGGCAAACAUAUAAGCUGGACAAUAGUUGAAAAUUGUUAAGGAUUCUUUUUCCAAUUUACUUGAAUUCAAAAUUUUAACACUUGUCACUUGUUUCUUUCUUCUGGUCAUUUUAGGUUUUUGACAUAUCAUCUUUGCAAAUUUUUACUCCUCAAGAACUGGACUACCUGCUUUGUGGUUGUAGGGAGAUGUGGAAGGCUGAUACACUAGUUGACCAUAUAAAGUUUGAUCAUAGAUACACUGCCAAGAGCCCUGCCAUAGUCAAUCUUUCGUUAAUUGCAGCCAAUGCUUCGUCUAAUGGGAAUGGGCCUUCAGAAUCAGCAGUUGAUGACUUGCCAAGUGUGAUGACAUGUGCUAAUUACCUGAAGCUUCCUCCUUAUGCUACCAAGGAAAUUAUGUCCAACAAGCUACUCUAUGCAAUCAAUGAGGGGCAUGGAUCCUUUGAUUUAUCAUGAGUCUCAGGAACUAACCAAGCUAUCCUUGAAUGUUAAUAUGAUGAAUUAAGGCUUACUUUUGAUGCUGAAUGUAAAGGGAUUCGCGGAGCUCAUUUUAGCUAUUAGUGUAUGUUGUAUUUUUCAAAUAAUAAAUUUUAUUUUUUUGACAAAUGUGAUGAAAGUUUAUGUAUG